AGCAAAACACUUGUUGUUUACUGUGAGAAGGUGAAGGAAAACCCCUAUAUCCCCAUCAAUCAUUGUCAUUCAUUGUCAUUGAGUUACUGUUGACCUUGUGAUUAAAAUUACAAAAUUUAAGUUAUUAAACCAUCUUAAUUAAAUUAUCUGGAUAAACAAUAUAAACUUGUUAAUAUAUUGUUUUAUUAUUGUGUUUUAUCAUACUACUAACAUUCAUUUCAGUGCUGGAGAAACCAGAAAGUAAAAAGAUGAUGAAAUUUGGUUACUUGUUUACUUAACCCUUGUUGAAUCGUGUUAUUGUGUUAUUGUGUUACCUUCUUUCAUUCUUUGUUGUUGUUGAUGGCAUCUAUUUGAUUUAAAAUCAUUUUAAACAUGUUGAUGUCUAUAAUCUCAAAUUAUUCUGUAAGAUGAUAUAUAAAAGUUUAUCUCGGUGUACAAAAAUAUUAAGGGUUAACCCGGUGUUCAUAAAUACUCAUUCUUCACCAUCCUUAUCACCAUCUAUUCAAUCUUGUAGUCGUCAUAAUUGGGGCUCUUGGGAUAAUCGAAUCGACUUUAAUAUACUGCUACAACAGUCAAUAAAUUAUGGUAAACCUAUUCCAAAGAUAACCUGUGAUAUGGCAGGCUCAGCAUCUGUCAUUGGUCGUCGUACAACUAAUGAAGAUCGUAUCAGAAUCAAAGAGUUAAGACCUGAUCUUAUUUAUUUAGCCAUUUUCGAUGGUCAUGGAGGAUCACUGGCUGCUGAUUUUUGCUCACAACAAAUGGAACUCUAUAUAAGUUAUUGGUUGCGAAGAGGAGAAACUGACUUGGAAGCUGUUCUCCAGAACGCAUUCAUAGAAGUAAACAAUGCUCUGGCAAGAUAUAUUUCACUAAAAGUUAAAGACAAAGAUUCUAUGUUUUCUGGUACCACAGCAACCGUUUGUCUUCUCAAGGAUUCAAUUGAAUUGACCAUAGCUAAUGUUGGUGAUAGUCGUGCCUUACUUUGUCGCAAUGGGGAUGCACGUAAACUAACUAUCGACCAUAGUCCAUCUCUCAAGUCUGAAAAGGAGCGGAUAAUCAAAUCAGGAGGGACAAUAAUUGCGAAUAGCCAUGGAAUAGGACUUGUCAAUGGUCGUCUUGCUAUGACCCGAAGUAUUGGUGACUUGGAUCUUAAACCUUACGGUGUGAUUGCAUUACCUUACACUAGAUCUCUCAAGAUUGAACACGGAAAAGAUGCUUUUUUAGUUAUGACUACUGAUGGUGUCAGUUUUGUGAUGAAUGAUCAAGAAAUUGUUGACGCUGGUGGUCGAUGUACUAGUCCUGCUGAAGCAGCAAACUUCAUUGCUGAACAAGCAUUACAUUAUGCUUGUGAUGAUAAUGCUAGUACAAUUGUUAUACCCUUCGGAGCCUGGGGUAAAAUUUUACAUAAUCGUAAUGUUAAUUAUAGUUCAUUUGGUCGUGAACUUUGUCGUAGCAAUCGUCAUUGAUCUCUUCUCUUACAUCAAUCUAUUACAACAUUAUUAUCUUGUCUUAAUUUACAAUAAAAUUGUCUUAAAUUGUCUUAAUACAAUUAAAAAUGGCCUGAUAUCAGCGUUCGAUCGUGCUACGUACGAUUUCUUCCAAGUCAACGUUAAAAAUAAAAUUAGUAUGGGCAGGAAUAUAUUCAGUCUCUUUGGGUAUCGCAACAGUCGUAUAAAAUUAUUGGUCAUCAGAUUUUGUGUAAAUUCUUUACCAUCUUUAGCAGAGACCAGAGCAAAGUCUUCAAUUUGUUCUUGAUGAAGAUAUUUUUUGGUUAACAAUAACCGGAAAAUUCGACCAAAUUGAGAUCCAAAACGAUCACUUACAAUAGAUGUCAAAGAUGAAUGGAUCAAUUCUUCAUAAAUUUUCAUGAUGUUUACUCGGUACAUUCCUACGCCAGAUCUUUCAUCAACUUUCACAACAAAACGACUGUUAUCCUCAUUGACAAAUGUAAGAUAUUCUUCGAUAUCUUUCUCCGUGGAAAAUAAUGUGGAGCGCAAGGCACGUUCAACGAUAUCAGUUUUAGUUAAUACCACUGUUUCUUUAGCCCACAAGUGGGCUUCACUUAAUCGAAGCAUUACCAGAACCAGCUGAGCUGCUUUUUCAUCAUCAUAAUGAGUUUUCAAACCCUCCAGAAUUGUCAUAUCACGCAAAUAAAUAUGAAAUUGAUCAGAGUUGACCACGUAAUAAACGUCUUCUUUUGAUUUCACUGGAUCUUCUUUACGUCUUUUGGAUACAGGUUCCAAGGAUUCAUUGUCUUCUAACUUUAAUGAAAUUUUGAGUGCAAUUCGUUGGAUAUACUCGACAUCUUCAUCUCCUUCCAUGUUACUUGGAAACCAAAUGGCUUCAUUGGUUUCAUUGGGUAUAACGCAAGCUCUUGUAAUGUAUUUGGCUUUAAUCAUUUCAACUAAAACUUCGAUAAUUUCAGUUGGAUGGAAGUAAUUCUUCUUUUUAUUUACAUCAUUAUCUUUAUUUUCACUUGACUCCUUCAUCCGGAUGUACACUUUUUCGAUUAUAUCACCGGCAGUCAAAAUUCCUUCCAUUAAAAUUUCAAAUUGUUUAUUUGCUCACCAAUUUAA